ACUCAGACUCACUGGUAUAUACACGUCAACUCUGUUUAUAUUCAAUUCGCUGUGCCAGACUACGCAGUAUCCCAUGUGCAGCUCGUGCCCGUCCAAGAUGUGGGGCGCGAAAGCUUUCUUGGUGUUUUGCGUUCUCGGACACAUUGGAAUAACGAGGGCGUUUGUCGGAGUUAUCGCCCCUGGAAAAAUUCGCCUUGGAACGAAUCAGAAGAUAUUUAUUCUAGGAAUCGGUCUGAAUGACAACGAGCUGGAGUAUAGGGUGAAACUUAACCCUGGAAGCCCUACCCAUACGUUCUACAGCCAAACACACACAAUUGAGAAUGGUGUGUUAACGCCAAUCGACAUCAUGGUCAAUCCUAGCGACAUCGUCCCCGACACGUCAAGUGAGGUAACUCUCAUGGUGUUAUCCACGCGACGAGGAGGGUUUAACAGAGAGGUUGGUAUCGAGAUCGACAGAAGUCCUGGCUAUUUGUUCGUUCAGCUGGAUAAGCCCAUCUACACUUCCAGACAAAAAGUGAAGUACCGAGUGAUGGCCGUGGACGAGGACCUGAGAUGGGCGCCAUGGCAGGUUCAAGUCAGCCUACUGAAUCCCAGAGGCCAUCUCAUAGACAGAGUGACGACCAAUGCAUCUGAAGCUUUCACUGGCUCGGAAUUCCCCUUGUCCAAAAACCCAAUGAAAGGAAUAUGGAGAUUAAGGGCUUCUUACACAAAUGUUUCUACCGUUUCUGAAGCCACAUUUGAAGUGAAAGAUUAUGUUUUGCCUCGGUUUGGAGUUCGAGUCAAGUCGAACCAGACAAGCAUGGUCUGGGACAACACCUCGCCUCUCCUGCUGUCCAUCAAAGCCGAAUACACAUAUGGCAAACCAACUCGUGGACGAGUGUCAACGUCUCUUGUGGCCCGACUGCUUGACUUGGAACUUCCUAUCAUGAAUAAUCUCCAGCAUCAGUUGAACGCCUCUGGACAGGUCGAUGUGGUCCUUAAUGACGAGGAGCUAAAAGAUUCAGAGGCGUUGAGAAGUCUUAGAGAUGAGGUUUGCAGCAUCUACGUAAAGAUCAACGUAACAGAAGAUGGCACUAACAGUGUCGUGCGGGAAGAGUAUUUAGUCGCCACAUUGGCAUCCUACCCUUACAAGCUGACUGUUGUAAACAAGAAGAAAUACUACCAGGCUGGACUUCCCUAUACUUUUGAGGUGGAAGUUACCAACAUCGAUGAGAGUAUUGCCAAAAACGUGCCUGUCGUCGUCGUUAAGAUGCCAGGGGAGGAGACGACAACCUUGACGUCCAAUAACAGAGGCAGAGUGAGUCGCACCUACAUCGCCCCUGACAGUGGCGACAUGGUCUUCAGGUACCAACCAGAAGGUCACCCCUUGGACGAAAGUACACUGAGGGUCAAACGAGUGACAUCAUCAAACAGUGGCUACAUUGUCAUUGAAGUUGAAGAAAAACCAUCGUUGAAUCAAGACUUGCCUGUCCAUGUGAGGUACCAUGGAUCUCCUGGCCUCUAUUUCAUCAUGGUGUCUUCCCGUGGUCAGGUGGUUUUCAGAGAAAGUUACACUUCCGGUUCAAAUGGCGAUGACGUCAGAACAAUCCCAAGACGGUUUCUGAAAGACAUGGUGCCAAGCGCCCGGAUUGUCGUGUUUUACGUUGCAUCUGAUCAUGUGGUUGCUGACUCCACCCACCUUCUAAUGAAGACUGCUUGUAGGGAGGAAUUAAGGAUUCGCAGAGUUGGGAACAAAGAUUCCUAUCUGCCCAAAGAAACUGGUCAGAUCAGCCUGUCUGGUGGGGCUAACAUGAGCAUAGGAUUGCUGGCAGUAGACAAAGCUGUCUAUGUACUAAAAUUUGAAAAAUCCCUGACAAGAAAAAAGAUGUUUAAUGACCUUGACAGUCAUGACUUCGGAUCUGGAUCUGGAUCUGCAGCGAAUAGUUGGAAGAUUUUUGAGGCUGCAGGGUUCAAGUUGGUGUAUGGAAACAUCAGGAGUAACGUGCCUCUGUUUGAGCACAACUUGUGGACCACCGCUCGUAUGUCAUCCCGCAAUAGCGAGGACACCGUCUCUCCGAUGGAAGAGCGCAUUCUGAGAUCCUUCUUUCCUGAGUCCUGGCUCUUUGAGGAAGCUAUACUUGAUGCAAGUGGAAAUUUAGUCCGUGAUGUGAAAUACCCUGACUCAAUCACAACCUGGGUCAUGCAUGCAGUGGGCGUGUCUCAAGACCAGGGUAUCUGUGUCUCGAACGCCAUACGAGUUGUAGUUUCACAAGACUUCUUUCUUGACGUUCAACUUCCCUUCAAGGCCGUGAAGCUUGAGGAGGUCAGGGUCAAUGUCACAGUUUCAAGCUACAUCGGCUACAAUACAACGGUGACUUUGACAGCAACUGCAGACGGGAUAUGUAUGCUGGACUGUGAUGGGGAUGAGCUGACAAUUCCGCCGUUCAGUGUGCCGAAUGGAGGGAAAAGAACAGAAUCUUUCUCCAUCCUCCCCGUAAACCCUGGGACAUAUGUUAUCCGAGUAGCAGCUGUCACAGCGAGUAGAGUUAAACAAGACAUAGUUGAGCGACACCUGGUGGUGGUUAGUGAAGGCGAACCAAACAAGAAAACAAUAAACUUCAACCUUGACCCCAAUGGUAAACCCAGGAAUGACCUCACAGUCACACAAUCGGUAAAUAGACGUGUCCAGGAAACCCGCAUACAUAUGGCGUUUCCAGAUGAGGCUAUCCCAGAAUCAGAAAACAUACAUAUCACAGCGUCAGGAGAUCUACUUGGUGACGUCAUCAGCAACAUCGUUAUUGGCAGCACAUUCCCAUCCAUGUUCGACAGUGCCGACAGCCUGAUGAUGGAGUUGGCGCCGAGCUGCUAUGGUUUACAGUAUCUGUCAAGACUAAACUCGCUGACCCCUGAAGUGCUCAACAAGGGAAGACUCCACAUACGAUAUGGCGUUGCGGAGUUGCUGAAAUAUCGAACUAGUGAUGGCGCAUUUUGCCUGGAGGAAAUCGACGAAGACUAUACUCCCGAGCCAUCUGUAUGGUUUACAACGUUUGUGCUGAAGACUCUGUGUUCCACCCGUGCAGUGCUGAACAUUGAUGAACACAUUUUGGAAGAAGGGUACGAGUGGUUGCUGAAUCAGGUCACGGGUUCGCAAUCAAGAGGCUUCGAGAUUGAAGACGAGGAUCCACGGUACAUUGAUGGAGAAGAACAACAACUCUUGGCUGAGGUGCUUAUAUCGUCCUUCAGCUGUUCCCAUCGGAUAUCUGAAGAAACUGUCAGACAAAGGGACAGCUUUAAGCAAUGGUGGUCCAGGAUGCGAAAAUCAAGGCUACGAAAUAUGACCCCACUGACCUUGGCCAAGGUGACCUAUGCCAGACAAAACCUGAACUAUCUUGACUCAACGUGGGAGACUGCAGUGCGGGAACUGAAACAGAAAGGAACAACUAAUGCAGCUGGGUACUACUUUUGGUCUGAUGAGUAUCAUGAAGCCCACGAACCAAUUAUGUACAAGACCCGUCCGUCUUCAGAGACGAUUGAAGCCACAGCAUAUUCUCUGCUGGUGUUUGUCAAAGUGAGCUUGAAACUGCCAUGCAGAACCAUACAACAACAACAACGACGACGACGACGACGAGGAAGGGUUUAUCGUCAAUGUAGAAAUAUGUACAUUAACCCUGACAAGAUCGCUGAUUGGCUGAUACAAUGGAGAAAUGGAAAAGGAUUGUUUGUUGGAGCUUCGGAUACAGCCGUUGCCACGGAGGCUCUGGCCGCCUACAGGGAGUCUAAGCGGAUCCGGGAAACCAAUCUGGACGUCAAUGUGACAGCUUCUCCCUCUGAAAACUUUACUCACAGGAUGGUGUUUGGAGAAGAGGACGCCUUCCAACCCCAGUCACUCCAAGAUGUGCCACUGGGACAAAGUCUGCAAGUGUUGACAGCAGGACACGGCAUCGGCCAGAUGCAUGUGGACGCAAGCUACAAUAUUCCUGUCGAUGUUGAUGCUGACUGUCAGUUUACCAUGAACGUAAGACGGUUCUAUCCUGAUGAUGAGAGUCUGCGUGCAGGCAACACAGGUGUCUGUUCUGUGUGUGGUCCACGACUUACAUGUCCAAAGGGGGACCGUUUCACCUGCUCUAUUGAGUCAGGGUUUGGGGGCAUCAGUACCCCUCUCACUUACUGUUUAAAUGUGUGUUUGAAAUACAAUGGUAAUUACAACCAUGGCAAGACCUAUAUCCGUGUACGAAUGCUGACUGGCUAUGUUCCUAAUGAGUGUGAUCUUAAAGAGCUCGAGGGGGGACGUGUUGUCAAAGCAGGGUACAACGACGACUACGUUGAAAUACAAUUAAGAACUGUGAGUGCGGAAGAAGAGGAGUGUGUCGGCUUCCGUAUUUGGAAGAUCCAUGACGUAUUCCGUAUUAAGCCCGCAACAGUCACCCUACGGAGUUUCAAUGUCGACAAAUGGACAUGUCCACGAACAUAUGAGAGUGGGGAGAAUGUGGUCAGCACGCCUUUCUACUGUCCAGUACAGGUCAAUAACCAGAUGAGAGGCUGCAGCUGUAUAAACGAUAAGUGUGUGGACUGUGGUCGCCGAGCCAACCCAAUUAUGCGUCUACUCCGGGCCUUGGCAAGAAACUCGUUGUAUGCAUUCAAGUUACGAGCACUGUCUAUGGAGGAACACCCUGGCUACAGACAUAUGCUGUUUAAUGUUGAAGAAGACCUAAAACCAUGUAUCGGUGAACUGGCCCAGCAGCACGUGACAUUUGUGACGAGACAAGAGUGUGGCUGUCCUGAGUUCAUGGAAGGAGAUCUGUUCUGGGUGCUGGGAAGGGAUUUCAACACAUACACAGAUCAACAAGGACGUAACAGUUCAAAGUUUUUCCUGAACUCAAAUUCGUACCUGCUCUCCUCAAGACAGUCAUCAAACUUUAGGACACAUUCUAGAGAAAUUACCCGGGCCUAUCGUGGUAGUAGUGAAAGAACAUGCAACUAAAUAUAUCCGGUAUCGUCACAUCUUAAGAUCUGAUACGGCUAUACUACAUCUGUGUUUCCUUGACUACACUGUGGAUCCAAAGAAUGCGUCAGGAACUUUUGUUUGUACAUGAGAUGUUGGUGUAGAGAGCAUGUUGAAUUUACACAACACCGUGUUUCACAUGACUUGUACAAUAUUUUACUGAUGUUGUGUAAACUGUACAAUGUUAAUGAUAAUGCUUUGUGAAUAUAAGCUUCAUCAACUGAAUAAACGUUAAUAUUUUUGCC